UCAGUAGAAACGCCUCAGAACAAGGAAGGAAGGAAGGAAGGAAGGGUGUUGGCGCAUUAUCGCAGUGUGGCGAGCUAAACACACGACGUUUUUGUGGUUAUGAAGGUCGAUAUUCUUCCUCUCGUGUGUUGAUCUGUGAACAUGGAGAAACUGACCUGGUGUUGGCUGCUGUUGGCGGCGCUGAACUCCGCUCUCGCCCAGAACACCCCGAAAUACUUCACGGAUGGCGGGGAGCUAACGUUGGAUCUGAGGCCUCGUCCUCCUGAACCUCUCGGAGACGUCCUGUGGAAGAUUAACGGUAACCUGGUAGCUGACUGGGUCAAAGAUAAAAUUCCUCUGACUUAUUACAGAAACUUUAAAGGCCGCACAACCCUGGAUAUAACCACUGGACGUUUGGUAAUCAACAACAUGACUGAAGCUGACAUGGGUGUGUAUUCAGCUGAAGUCAACCGCAAGGUCCAGAAUGAGCGCUAUAACGCUGUAUUGAUCCAAGAAGUCCCCCAGCCUGAGGUAGAGCCGAGACCGUUGACAUGUUCCCCCGCUUCGGACAGUUGUACGCUGAGCUGUGAAGCGGCCAUCACAGAGCCAGCUGGACCCGUCACCUACAGCUGGAAGGAGGGAGACGGAGAGUGGAAGGGGUCGGGAAAGGACUUGAACAUCACCAAGAAUGGGACAUUAGAUGUGGAGACCUUCACCUGCCGGAUACAGAACCCAGUCAGUGAGAGAGACAGUGAACCCAAAAGAAACCCGCUCUUAGGGGAGGGGCCAGGAAGCUCUGGAGUUGGGGGGAUUGUGGGUGGCAUCUUUGGGGUUCUCAUUGUGAUUGUGGCUGUGGCUGUGGCUGUAGGGUUAUGGCAUUUCAAGAAAGGCCCCUUCAAGAAUCGAGGCGGCACUAACACUGGUGCUACAGGUAAAAAUGGAGAGCUACCAAAACCUGAUACUUCUGUUAAGGACAAGGACAAGACAGAGGCAGAACCACUUAAAGAGGCAGAACCACUUAAAGAGGCAGAACCACUUAAAGAGGCAGAACCACUUAAUGAGACCUCGAAUCCAGACGGCGAAGAUAUGGUUUGAAGUGUGAACUGACUCAUGGAAAUAUGAUCUCAUACAUCCUCGGAUUGCUUUUGCUGGCUGCACACAUUUUGCGUGUGUGUGUGUUUUUAGCAUUCAUCAUCGAUUGUUACUUGAUGCAGAGACGUUAACAGACUGGCUUCCCAAAACAGUAAAGUCUUGGUUGAGAAGAGCAUGAAAACAUCAUUAUUAUAGCUUCUUGUUGUACAACAGGUGUGUGUGUG